GAGAGUAGAGAGAGAGAGCAAUAUGACAGAGAGAGUUCUGAAGAAGUUAGCAGCAUCUUGAUGAGCUCUUGAAUUUAUUCCACUUUUGUUUUAAAAUGAGAUAAACUUUUACUAUUUUUUUGGCAAAAAUCAGAAGAGGAAACAACGGUUUAGAGGAAUUACCUCCCUGGAAGAAAAAAAAAAGGAUCAGCAAGCGAGAAACUUGGAGAAGUACUGCUCAGCUGAAAAGCCCAACAGGAAAAACCCAACACACUGUCAAACUGACAGCUGUCAGUCAGCAAGCAGGACAGUGAAGACAACCAAACUAGGAUGAGGAAUACAGCCAAAGACGGUACCAACAAUUUUGUCCACGUCUGUAUGAUUACCCUCAAGUGAGACCAGAGCCCCUCCUGCCCUCAAGGGCCCAACUCGAACCCCAGCGACAGGAGCUCCACCCUGGCCCACUGAGUUAUGCUCAGGCAGUGAGGAGAGCAGCAGACCCAGCCCUCACCACCCCUGUCCCUGAACCCACCCGCACAACCCCACACAAUGAGCUGAGAGACAUCCAGCAGAUGCUCAACCUGCUAUGCUCUCACCUGAUAGGCCAGGUACCACAGUAGAGAACUGACAGGUUCCCAUUGUUUGUUUUGCUUUCAUAGAGAAGAAAAAAAAAAGAAAAGAAAGAAUAAUAAUUAUUAUUUUAUGGAUGUUGUGUAUGUGUGUACGUGUAUUGGGUAUGUGUAUUUGUAUGUAUGUGGGUACGCAUGUAUAUGUGUAUGUGUAUGUGUUUAUAUAUAUGUAUAUAUGUAUAUAUGUAUAUACAUAUAUACAUAUAUAUAUAUAUAGAUUGUGUAAAAGUAUUCCAUAUUAAGGGGUUAAAACCCCAUACAUUUAGUGUAUGCGUAUGUAUGUAUGUAUGUGUAUGUGUGUGUGUGUGUGUAUGUAUGUAUAUAUAUAUAUAUAUAUAUAUAUAUAUUUAUUUAUUUUCUUUAAUGUACCUCUUCAUUGACAACAAGAGAUUGAAGAAUUUAUCUCAUUUUAACAUUUUAAUAUUAAGUGCAACUUUCUAUAUUUUAAGCUAAAUGAAUUCUAAAUCGUUUAUUAUUUCAUGUUGGAAUGUCCAGGGUCUGAGGUCCUAUGCUUUUGACCUCAAGAGCAGGACCCCAGACUUCACCAAAGAAUUAGAAGAUGCAGAUGUGUUUGUUUUGCAAGAGACCUGGAGUAGAGGAGACACUUCCACUGGCUGUCCCGUAGGCUACGUAGAGAUAGUUUUCCCAUCCACCAAACUCAAAGGAGUAACCCAGGGCAGGGAUUCAGGAGGAAUGUUGAUUUGGUACAAGGCAAACCUUUUACACUCAAUCGAAUUAAUCAAAAAAGGUGAAUUUUCCAUUUGGCUCAAAAUAAAAAGAGACGUUAUUGCCACAGAUAAAGACAUAUUCAUGUGUGCAGCAUAUAUCCCCACAUCAGAAUCCCCUUAUUAUAAUGAAAAUUGUUUCUCCAUUCUUGAAGACGAGAUCAAUCACUACCAGGCCCAGGGAAGUGUACUGAUCUGUGGUGACCUUAAUGCCAGGACAGGUAUAGAACCAGAUUGUAUUAACCCACAGGGAGACAAACAUAUACCUGACCAAAUCAGCAUUCCCCUCCCUUCACAUCCCCACAGGAACAACUUUGACAAAACUGUCAACAAAAGUGGGCACCGACUCCUGCAGCUAUGUCGAACACUGGGUCUGUACAUCGUCAAUGGUCGACUUCGAGGAGACUCCUUUGGUCACUACACACACAGCUCUCCUCUUGGCAAUAGCACAGUAGAUUAUAGCAUUACAGACCUAGACCCCUUCUGUCUGAGAGCAUUCACAGUCAGUCCCCUAACACCCUUAUCUGAUCAUAGUCAAAUUACACUGUACAUUAGAAAGACAGAAACAGACCCUCAUGCAGCAAAACCCAGUAAACUGAACUCUACAAAACAACCUUAUAGAUGGACAAACAAAAGCAACGACGACUACCAGAAAGCAAUCACACAUCAAACAAUUCAAUCUCAAUUAGGCCAUUUUCUUUCCACCUCAUACCACCACAGUAAUGGCAGCCUGAAUCAGAUUGUACAGGAUAUUAAUAACAUAUUUGACAAUGUAGCAAAUUUAUCCAAUCUGAAAAAGUCUCAUCAUCACAGAUCAAAACAGCCAGCCAAUGAAAAGUGGUUUGACACAGACUGCAAACAUCUGAGAAAAACACUCAGAAGUUUAUCUAAUCAAAAACACCGACAACCUGAUGAUCCUGAGCUCCGCCUCCAAUAUUGGGAAACACUGAAAUUAUACAGAAGAACACUCAGAACUAAAAGGGAACAACAUGCACAGCACCAAUUGGAUAUAAUGGAAGAGUCCAUUGACUCAAAUACUUUCUGGAAAAAAUGGCACUCUUUCAGCAAACCACACAAAGAAGAACUGGAUAUUCAAAAUGGUGAAAUAUGGAAAAAAACACUUUGAAAACCUGUAUAGCACAAUCACACUGAAUUCGGCCCAAAAUGAUCUCCUCAACAAACUCCAAACCCUACAAUCAGUCGUUAAAGACAAUCAGAACCCUUUAGACUAUCACAUUACUGAAGAGGAGCUACUGGCUAAGAUCCAGGCCCUGCAACCAAGGAAGGCCAGUGGUCCUGAUGCUAUUUUAAAUGAAAUGCUGAAAAUUAGCAACCAUAAGUUCAACACAGCAAUAUUAAAAGUAUUCAACCUCGUUCUGAGCAUUGGACAUUUCCCUGACAUCUGGAGCAAAGGAAUCAUCACACCGAUCUUUAAAAAUGGAAAUAAAU